AUGGCUUCCGACACUACAUACACCCCCAGAGGAAAGACAAUAAAGGUCGGACAGUACAACGCGUACUUGGCUGAGGCUCCGGCAGAUAUUGCCCAUAAGGAGUCUGCCAUCCUGUAUGUGUCGGACGUCAUUGGCAUCUGGUCGGACAGCCAGCGCCGUGCUGAUGACUUUGCCGCCAAGGGCUACACUACCUUGAUAAUUGACCUAUUCAAUGGAGAUGCUAUCAAGAUGAGCGAGUUUCACGACAUCAACCUUCCUGACUGGCUCAGCAACGGAAGAGACGGAAAGGGCCCACACACGCCCAAGGAGGUCGACCCAAUCGUCCAGUUUGGCAUCAACUAUCUCAAGAACGAAAGGGGCUUCAAGCACAUUGGGGCGGCGGGAUACUCCUUCGGCACCCGAUAUGUGGUCCGCCACUUCAAGAGCGGCAUCGAUGUCGGCUACCUGGCGUACCCGUCGUUCGUGGAGGACGAGGAGCUCGCUGCCAUCACCGGCCCGCUCUCCAUCGCCGCAGCUGAGACUGAUCACAUCUUCACGGACGAGAUGCGAUACAGAUGGGAGAAGAUUCUGAAGGAGAAUGGAAAUGUCUACCAAUUGAGUCUCUACUCUGGUGUGGUCCAUGGGUUCUUUGGCGCGGAACGGGAUGUGGACAAGGUUCAUGAGAAGUUUGCGCAGGAGCAGUCGUUUCUCCAAUCAGUUCAGUUCUUUGAUAGGUUCCUUGGUUAG